AUGAUAGGUUAAUGUCUACCAAAAUAUUAUUAAUUGACUUAUGUAUAAUAUUGCUAAACAAAUGAUAGGGAAGAAUUUGGCUGGAUAAUCCUUUAGCUAUCAAUCCUCAGCAUGUUUUUCCUUAUUAAAAAAAAGGUAUAUUUAAUAGAUUUACAGGUGAAUGCUUUUUAAAUUAUCAUUUAUUCUCACACACUUAUAAAAUUCUUAAGUAAACAUUAGGAUGCAAUAAAUUUGUAAGAUAAAGGAUUAUUAAUUGAUCCUAAAAGUGGGGUUUCAUUUUCUGAAAAAGAUUUAAUUAUGAGUUAAUUUAAUAAAUAGGUUAAUGCUUAAUGAAAUUAAAAAAAUAUGAGAAUUCUUUACAAAAUCUAAAUUUAGCACUUUCCACUUGUCCUAAGAAACCAUUUCUCUCAAGAAUAAAGGUAUUUAAUUAUUUGAUUGUAGAGUGCUGCUUAUAUUGAGGCAUUUAUCAUUUUCAUUGUAGAAUGUUAAGGAAAUAUUAAAAAGCUUUGA